UGCUGCUAAUCAAAUGCGCCAUUCCGGUCUGUGUUACUCAUAGGAACGAGUUUGACUGGAAGAGAUGUGAUGUGAAGUGAUAGUGUUAAUUAUUAGUGAACACAGUGGGGGUGGCUUCAGGUAACACGGCUGGCUUUAAAAACCCUUUUCUUCCUUGACAUCACAUCACUUCACUUCUUCAGCCAUGUGGGUGGAGUAGGAGGAGAAACACUGCUUCUGAAUCCCCCAGAACAUCCCGAAAACAACUGCUUUCGGUUUAUGUACCGAGGCUUUUAUUAUUAUUAUUAUUAAAUUCAGGGGCACUUUGGAGGUUUGAGUCAAAACAACACUGGAGAAUUCCUGCAGGAGACUUCACUGUGAAACAGACCGGAGUGACUUGUUCUGCUGAAAUAGAAAGACUUUAAAUAGCUUGAAAUAAAUAGCUUGUCCUGAAAGUUCCUUCAGCCGGAUUGACUGAGUGGCCAUGGAGAGAUGUGGAGGAGCUUCAGCGACUUACAUUCACACUCACCCGUUCGUCCACGAGGUCAAACUGACCACGGCUCAAACGAUUCGGAAUGUCAUACUGGGCUGUGUGUUCUUCCCCGUUCGCAUCACUCUUGCCAUCCUCUCCUUCCUGCUUAUGUGGGCCGUCGCUCGGCUCCGACUAGCCGGUCUGUCGCAGGAGGAGAGGGCGAAACCGGUCCAAGGCUGGAGACAUUGGUUUUUUCAUCCAAUCAUGUGCUUCUUGAGUCGAUCCGUGUUCUUCUCCAUGGGUUUCCUCUGGAUAAAGGUCAAAGGUCGGCAGGCUACACAGAAAGAGGCACCGGUGUUGGCUGUGGCACCCCACAGUGGCUUUCUGGACAUGCUGGUCCUCAGCCUAGUUGGACUGCCUACAGUGGUGUCGCGCUCUGAGAAUUCCAACCUUCCAGUUAUUGGAGCACUUUUGGAGUUUAACCAGUCCGUGUUGGUUAGCCGGAAAGAUCCUGAGUCGAGGAGGAAGUGCGUGUCUCAAAUCAAAGAAAGACUCACUUCCAACGGCUACUGGCCUCAGAUGCUAAUGUUCCCUGAAGGAACAACCACAAAUGGUCGAGUCCUCAUCAAAUUCAAGCCAGGUGCUUUCUUGGCAGGCGUUCCAGUUCAGCCAGUGUUGCUUCACUACCCUAAUAAAAUAGACACUGUGCGUUGGACUUGGAAAGGAGUAUCAUGGCUCGAUUGUCUCUGGUACACUGCGGCUCAGUUCUACACCAACGUUACAGUAGAGUUCCUGCCUGUCUACACACCCUCCCAGGAGGAAAAGGAGAACCCAGAGUUAUUUGCAGAUAAUGUUCAGGAACUCAUGGCCAAAGUCCUGGGAGUUCCGGCUACAGACUAUGUGAUGGAGGGGCUUUUUCCUGUUACGAAGUUGGGCGGCCUCUCUCUUCCUCUCGAGUCUCCUUCCAGGGAAACUCUGAAAAUACUCAAAUGUCAAGGUGUAAGUAAUGCUCAAGUGGAGACUGUGAUCAACACAAUGAUUGACAGCUGUCACUCAGGGCAGGUCAUGGUCACCGUUGAUCACUUGAUUUCCUUGUUGGGGCUCUCGGACAGACGGACAGCAGCACAAAUCUGUUCCUUCUACUCCAAGAGUGACACAUUGGAUCUGAGGCUGCUGUGUUUGAGCUUGUGUAGGGCUGCAAGACUCAGGACACCAGAGUCUCUCCUUCACACUGCGUUCCCGCUGUACAACAGUAAUGGUGACGGCUUGCUAAGUGCAGAGGACCUCUCCGGCCUGAUGGCAGCGUUGGUGGGAUUCCCUCAACACAACAUUGCGGAGAUGUACUCGGAGUUGACCAACAGAGGACAACCAACUGAGGGUGCAUUGUAUGACUUGCUAACGACUCACCCAAUAUAUGAGAAGCUCUUCAAAGAAUACUUCAAGCAUGAGGAACUAAGACUCGUGGCGGACAGAAAUCACAACGGCGUUCCGAAUGGAAAGACCGGUCGCAAUAACGGCGUUCAUAACCGAAAUGGACUGAACGAAAAGUGUGACUGAAGAAUUCGUUUGAAUUAUAUGCUGUAUUUUAUUAGGAAAACCAGGAUAAUUAUGAACGUACACGCUAUCCACAUAGCAAUGGAUUUUAACAAAGACUGUAUGUUUUUGUAUGGACUUGCAAAAGAUGAGAGGAGAUUGUGUGUGCGUUUUAGUAUACAUUCAAUGUUUACAGGUCUGUGUGAUGGACUCUUUGUGGUAUUUAUUUUUUUUUGUAUUAUUUCUUUUAUUUUUUGCAUUCACUGUAACCCAAAGUCAUUAGUACACCAUUAAAUGCUACUAUACAGUCACUAUACAAUCAAGAACCUUAGUGCCUUGGUACUAUUACUGUUUGUUUUUUGUUUUGUUUUUUAAUGUUUGCUGAAGGAUUUUGUUUUGUAUGUCUGUGUGUCUUUUAUAUCUCUACUUGUGAGCCUAAGGAGCCUUCCUAUAAAUAAUAUUGUCAAGCCAUUUUACAUUUUAAUAUAUUAUGGUUGUAAAUAAAACAGUUCAUAAUAUGG